AUGGAAAUCCCGAUUAUCAACAGAAUCAUUGAUUUUGAAUCGGAUAUCAACUCUCUGAACAACCCAUCUUUCAUUUCCCAAGUUUAUUCGCUUUUUGGGAUUGAGGAAAUAUACGAAGCUUACAAUUUGUGGGACUGGGGAGCUUUGAUUCUUGUCUUAGUAGCCUCGUUGUCUACCAUAAUCAAUACACUCAAAAUUUUGAUAAUCAGAUCUCGGCGGCGUCAUUCUUUACCGUCUCAACCUCUUCUAGAUGAUACAGAUUUUGACACUGACACCGAUUCUUCCUGCGUAUCUUCAGAUGACGAACUAGAAUAUGAGGAGCCAUCGACAUCUCACGAAUGGCAACAAGUUGAUGAAAAUUUUCGGGUUAGAGGCUCGGGUGACGGCGGAAAUAGCGUGGUGAAGCUGUGGGACAAUCUAGGGAUAGGUUUCCGUUUGGACCUGGAUGACAGCCACAACGUUUUAAACAUGUAUGACGCUAAUAAAGAAACAAAGCUCACAUCAAUUUUUGGUAGGGAUUCCGUCAUUCAUGCGGUUUCAACAUCGUCCUCAUCGACGGCAAUCGUUGUAUCUGCUGGGGCUGACUCGUUAUCUUCUCGAGUAGCUGUCAGCGCGUGGGAUAGGAGACUUCAUUCUUCUUCACCGGUAAUUCUAUCAGAAUGGAGGCCCAAAAGAUCGAUUGAAAAAAUCACAACAGUCAAUACCAAAGGCAUGGAGCAAGUUUACAUCAAGGGUGAUGUAGUGGGGAAGUUAACGGUUGGUGAUAUGAGGAAGGUGAGCUCAUCGUUGAUGAGCUCUAACGUUGAAACUUGGUGGGAUGCUGAUGCCGUUUGGCACCUCGAACGAGUCGAUUAA